AUGAUCAAACUAUCACCAUCAAUAUCAAUACAUCCACGGCCGCCAUUCGCGCGCUGGCCCCCCGUGUCCUGGUGCUGUCGCCAGGCGCCCGCCCGCCCCUUCUCGGCCUCGACUCCUUUGCGUGAGAUCCGAGAUGUUGCCUCUCUUCCCGACAGGAUCAGCCCGUUGUAUCACGAGACCUCGAUCGGCCUGUUGAACCUCCAGUGGCAGCAGCCCCCGCGGAACAUCCUCCUCAUACCCAAGCUGCACGCUCCAAAGGUUGUCCAGGACGCCGUUCGCUUCGCACAGCACCUGCACGACAACUACCCGGACACCAACAUCGUCUUCGAGAACCGCAUUGCCGCCCGCAUUCACAACCACCUGCCCUUCCCCAUCUAUACCCCCUCUCGCAGCGACCCUUCCACCCACUUCCCCAACAAGAUCGACCUCGUCACCACCCUCGGCGGUGAUGGCACAAUCCUGCGCGCCGCCAGCCUCUUCUCCCUCAACUCGACCGUCCCGCCCAUCCUGUCCUUCAGUAUGGGCACCCUGGGCUUCCUCGGCGAGUGGAAGUUUGCCGAGUACAAGGACGCCUGGACCAGGGUCUACACCAGCGGUAUAGCCGCCGGCGCAACCCGCCCCAAGAUCCUGCUUCGCCACCGUCUCAAGGUCGGCGUCUACGACGACGAGGGCAAGAACAUCAACGGCCUCUUGAUGCCAACCUCGACCGCCGAGGCCCACCAGAGGCUACGCCUGAUGCCCUUGAGCGCCGAGCAAGAGGCUGCUCUGAGCAAUCCCAAUUGGGUUCCGCCCGUCAAGGUCCCCCCGACCUUCCACGCCGUCAACGAGCUGUUGCUCCACCGUGGUGGUCAGCCCCAUCUCGCCAUGAUUGACGUGUACGUCAACAACCACUUCCUGACCGAGGCAAUAUGUGAUGGCAUCCUCGUCAGCACGCCCACGGGGUCUACCGCCUACUCUCUCAGCGCUGGUGGCGCCAUCGUCCAUCCUCUGGUGGGCUCGCUCCUCAUCACUCCGAUCUGUCCCCGGAGCCUAAGUUUCAGGCCGCUGGUCCUCCCGCUCGAUACCAAGGUCGUACUCCGGCUCAGCGAGAGGAACCGAGGCCGUGAGCUCGAGGUCAGUAUCGACGGAAAGAGACGGGCUGGUGCGAGCCCCGGCAUGGAGAUAAGGAUCCAGGGCGAGACAAUCACCAAGGGCAAGGACGGGAACUGGCUCGGCGGCGUCCCUUGCGUCAUCAGAGACCUGCAUAAGGGGCAGCUGUCUUCUGAUGGUGAGGAUGACGACGAUGAUGACGGUUGGGUUGGUGGCCUGAAUGGCCUCCUCAAGUUCAACUAUCCAUUCGGCAAUCCAGAUGGAUGA